AUAGCGGCAGUGCGCUCACGCCGCGGACUGGAAUGGCCGCGUCAUGAGACGUGUUCAUAUACAACAUUAAUUUUAUAUCUAUUCGAUUACUCUUCAAUAUUAACGCUAUGGCUUUUGUGAUGAGAAAGUUGUUUGUUAAUUUAAAAAAUGUGAACAAAUGUAGAAAACUGUGUCUGUUUGUGCAAAGUAAAAGGCGUCACGCGGUUCGCUAUUGCGGUGCCUUACACCUGCAUUCAAUUGAAGAUAAUAGAGUAAAUUAUAGAUAUUUCCACACGACAAAAGUUUUGAAUAAAAAGGUUGCAUUCAAAUUAUCAGACAUCGGAGAAGGAAUACGAGAAGUGGUUAUCAAAGAAUGGUUCAUCAAAGUCGGUGACAAAGUACAACAAUUUGAUAACAUUUGCGAAGUGCAAAGUGAUAAAGCAGCAGUGACGAUCACCAGUCGGUACGAUGGUGUCGUCACCAAAAUAUACCAUGAAGUUGAUCAGACAGCACUCGUCGGACAACCGCUUGUUGAUAUUGAAGUCGACUCUACAGCUGAUGAUGAUUCAUCUUCAGAUUCAGAUACUGAAUCAAAUGUUGAAGUCUCCAAAACACAAAGCCAAACAACUCAAAAAGUUAAAGUACUCACAACACCAGCUGUUAGAAGAAUUGCAGCUCAAUUUAAAGUAGAUUUAGGUACCGUAAAUCCAAGUGGAAGAAACGGUAGAAUACUCAAAGAAGAUGUAUUAGCGCAUCUCAAUAUGUCAGCGGAUAAAUCUAAUGAAAUUCCCAGCGCUCUUUCUGUUGAAGCAAAACAAAUGGCAGUGUCUUUUGGUAGUGUUAAAAUUGAGGAAAUCUUAGAAGAUAAAACAGUACCAAUAACAGGAUUCACAAAAGCCAUGGUUAAAUCGAUGACAGAAGCAAUGAAAAUUCCUCAUUUUGGCCUCAGUGACGAAUACGAUGUUACAAAAUUGGUUGAAUCGAGGGAAAGUUUGAAAGUCAUAGCCCAAGAAAGAGGAGUGAAGCUCACUUACAUGCCUAUUAUCAUUAAAGCCUCAUCAUUAGCUCUAACUGCUUAUCCAGUUCUAAACAGUAGCCUAGAUGCUGCUUGCGAGAACCUCACUUACAAAGCAAAUCAUAACAUUGGCGUGGCAAUGGAUACGCCAAAUGGAUUGGUGGUCCCUGUUAUCAAAAACGUCCAGCAUAAAACCAUUCUUGAUAUAGCGAAAGAACUUAAUAUUUUACAAGAGAAAGGUUCAAAAGGUCAACUUGGAUUAAGCGAUUUAUCAGGCGGAACUUUCACCUUAUCAAACAUUGGCAUUGUCGGUGGAACAUAUGCAAAGCCAGUGAUCGUCCCACCACAGGUUUCCAUUGGCGCCCUCGGAAAAAUACAGGUAUUACCCAGAUUUAAUUCCGAGGGCGAAGUUGCUAAGGCUCAUAUAUUGACUGUGAGUUGGUCAGCUGAUCAUCGAGUCGUGGAUGGAGUUACAAUGGCGCGAUUUUCAAACAUCUUGAAACAAUAUCUUGAAGAUCCGUACAAACUCUUACUAGAUAUAUAAUUUAUCACCAGAUAUUUGUGUUCAAAUAAUUAUUUUGUAUCUUUACACGUUUUA